AUGUGUAUAGUUUUCACAUUGUAUGAUGAAGCGCAAUUGAUUACAUUAGAUUUGUUGUUUAGCGGAAGCGCAAAUGUAACAAGAAAUGAAAAUGUCAACAAAUUGCCGCAAGGAUUUCUAACAUAUUGGAAUCAAAAUGAUAAAAUUGUGACAGUCCAUUAUCAACUUCGAUUAUAA